AUCGGCGCCGGCCGCCGUACGAUGCUUCGCUUUGCUGUACACGCCGGUGCGCUCUCAGGAAGCACGAACACGUCAUCGCCCCGCGGCGCCCGUCUUUAUCUCAGCAAGCAGCUCCAUCUAGAGACCCCGCAGGCAGUCGCGUACGCGCGCGUGCGAUCCUCGUAUCAGUCCAUCUCGAGAAUUCGGAGGUCGUCGGCUCGUCUCGCGCGCCGGGGAUGGAGGACGCCGCCGGCGGGAGGAGGCAGCAGGAGAUGGCGGCGGCGGGGGCGUCCAAGGCGCAGAGGGGGGCCGCGGCGGCCGGCGUCUCCGUGCACGAGUGGCUGCAGCACGUCAAGGCCUCCUUCCUCGGCCUGGUCCGGAAGGUGACGGCGAGGAGCGAGCAGGAGGCGGCGGAGGCGGACAUGCUCGCGGCCAAGGCGCAGGUGGAGGCAACCGACGAGGCGGAGGCCAAGAAGAAGCAACUCGCUGAUCACUGACGAAUGAUCCCGACAUGAUCCCGACAUGUGUGGAGUAGCACCUCGCUGUUUGCUUCCAGUGUGAUGGUGACAGAUUCUGGACUUGCACGCUGUCUCUUAGGUCGUUGUAACAUGAACCAGCUACCAUUAUUAUUGUAAGAGGAACUGUGUUAUUCAGUGUUUAACUUA